AAAAAUAAAAAAAAUUCUACCUUUGCGACACCGACGACCAGAAAAUCUCUCUCCAGCUCUCACUGUUUCUCUGUGUCUCAAUGGCUGCGGGAGCAAGAAGACAAGGACUAGUUAUGGCGUCAAAUCUCCUGAAAACCCUAACGGGUCCGUCACCUCUCUCGUCUAGCGCCAGAAGUUUCAGUCUCGUCAGCAGUGAAAUCAUCACCAGUCACACCGCUAAAUGGAUGCAGGAUACGAGUAAAAAAUCUCCAAUGGAGUUGAUCAAUGAUGUCCCACCCAUCAAGGUUGAAGGCAGGAUUGUGGCUUGUGAAGGAGACACCAAUCCUGCACUUGGACACCCAAUUGAAUUCAUAUGCCUUGACUUGAAGGAGCCUGCUGUUUGCAAGUAUUGUGGCCUCCGCUAUGUUCAAGAUCAUCAUCAUUAGCUGGUCUUCUGAUAGGAGAAUAGUCUCUCAAAGAUUGAAUCCUUGCAUAACCUUGAUUGACAGAAUACAACUUUCUUUUCUCGUCA